GGUGCAAAGGAAAUACUAUGUUAAUAUUAAUCUAAAUCAGUGGACCUUAUACGUACUCCUUUUUAUAGCUUUAGUUUCACAAUGCCUAGGAGAACCCAUCAUGGAGUCUACGACUGAGUUUUCUGUAAUAAGCAAGACAUCAAGCGUAACGAUACGAAGUAACAAAACAAACAACUUGCCAUUGCUGCCUCCUCUGCGAAAUAGUUCGCCAACAAUUACACCAAAGCUUGCUAAAAGAGCUGGACUUUUAUCAGAAUCAAAACAUAAAGAAGAUCAUAUAUCUGAUUCAACGGGAUAUGUUCCAAUAACUUCAUACCGUCCUUCAAGAACUCACUUAUCUCCUCGGGAGCAUUAUGCUGCUAAUUCGAUUGGUCAUAAAAAUGUUUAUCAUACGGCAGUGUAUGAUAGUGAAAACUGGAAGCCCGAUAACUGGGAAUUGGAUUAUACUAAAAAGCAUUUGAGAUUUAAUAGUACUCGAGUACAACAUAUCGAAGCCGAAUGUCAAGAUGAUUACAUGAAGAUACGUAUAGGAUUUAAUGGCUCUUUUAAUGGGCUUGUUUACUCAGCAGGAUAUGCAUAUGAUCCCGAUUGUAUGUACAUCAAUGGUACCGGAAGUGACUACUUUGAAUUUUAUAUUCAGUUGAAUAGAUGUGGAACACUUGGGAAAAACGCUCUUAAUGAUGAAAAAAGAAAGAAUCCCACGAAUUUCAUGUGGAAUACAGUCAGUGUACAAUAUAAUCCUUUGAUCGAGGAAGAAUUUGAUGAACACUUUAAAGUAACAUGUGAAUAUGGCUAUGAUUUUUGGAAAACAGUAACCUUUCCAUUUCUGGAUGUUGAGGUAGCAACCGGAAACCCUGUUGUUUUUACACUGAGUCCACCUGAAUGUUUUAUGGAAAUUCAAAAUGGUUAUGGAAUAGGUGGGUCACGUGUAACUGGACCUGUACGUGUUGGUGAUCCAUUAACUCUUAUCAUUUAUAUGCGUAGCAAAUACGAGGGAUUUGAUAUUGUUGUAAAUGAUUGUUAUGCACAUAAUGGAGCUAAUAAACGAAUUCAACUUAUUGAUGAAUAUGGCUGCCCAGUUAAUGAGAAACUUAUUUCAAGAUUCAGAGGAUCUUGGUCAGAUGGUGGAAUUUAUGAGACACAAGUAUAUGCUUAUAUGAAAACUUUUCGAUUUACGGGUUCACCAGCUCUUUACAUUGAAUGCGAUGUGCGAAUGUGUCAUGGAAGGUGUCCAAGUCAACCAUGUCAUUGGAGAAAUUUAAAAGCAAUUUCCAAACGUGAUGUUUUAAAAUCAACACCUAAGCCCGAAACAAACGCAUCACUUUCGGAAAAUAUCAACUUAUUUCAAUCUCUGCGGGUGUUACAAGAAGAAGAAGAAACUCACGAAACCACCAAUCCAAUAAGAUUAUAUUCAAAUAGAAAUAUUCCAGAAAUUUGUGUUACAACAUCAAUGUUUUCAACUGCUGCCGCUGCUAUAUCGCUAUUGAUUUGUAUUUUAUCAGCACUUGUAAUGGCAACUUGUUUGAAAAUUAAAAAUCUAUCUACACAAACACAAGGUUAUGAAUCCUAUGUUACACAUAAAGGACAAAUUUCAUAGAAAUAAAUAUAAAAUAAAAUUAGGAAAAUUAAAUUUAUAACAAUUAGUUCCGCCAUUUAUUUUUUGAAAAAGGAAAUUUGUUAAAUAAAUGAACUAACGCACUUGUUACCAAAAAUUAAUCGAGAUUUCAUGAAAAUAUGCAGAAGUCCUACUUUGUUUCAGCAACCCUACUCAUUUUCUCGCGAAGCUACAUGUACAAUACUCGUAUAACCAAUUGAAAUUACAAUAACUUUUAACUACCUAACGCAGACUUCUUAUGAAAAUCUUAUUUAACGCAAAACAGUAUUACUAUUAAAG